UCCAGGUACAAGGUGAUAAAGCAACUCGGAGAUGGAACCUACGGGAGUGUGUGGAAGGCGACCAACAGGCAGAGCAACGAGGUCGUUGCCAUCAAGAAGAUGAAGCGCAAGUUUUACUCGUGGGAGGAGUGCAUGGCUCUGCGUGAGGUCAAAUCGCUCAGGAAGCUCAAUCACCCGAACGUAGUGAAGCUCAAGGAGGUGAUUAGGGAAAACGAUGAGCUGUACUUCGUGUUCGAGUACAUGACGCAAAACCUGUACCAGCAGAUCAAGGACAGGGACAAGUACUUCCCCGAGAGCCGCGUGCGGAGUUGGAUAUAUCAGAUUCUGCAGUCCAUCGCGUAUCUGCACAAGCAUGGGUACUUCCACCGGGACCUCAAGCCGGAGAACCUCCUCAUCACCAACGACAUCGUCAAGUUGGCUGAUUUUGGACUGGCGAGGGAGAUCAGAUCGAAGCCCCCGUACACGGAUUACGUCUCCACGAGGUGGUACCGCGCGCCCGAGGUGCUGCUCAGGUCGCCUUACUACAACGCGCCAAUCGACAUUUUCGCCAUCGGUGUCAUCGCCGCCGAGCUGUUCACGCUUCGGCCGCUGUUCCCAGGCAGCAGCGAACAGGAUGAGAUUUAUAAGAUUUGCGCGGUAAACGGAACUCCCGACAACGAGUCGUGGGCGGAGGGGAUGAAACUGGCGAACGGGAUGGGGUUCAGGUUUCCACAGUACCAGCCGACGCCGCUGGAGAAGCUCAUACCAAACGCCAGCCCGGAGGCUUUGGAUUUCAUCCGCGCGUGCAUACACUGGGACCCGACGAAGCGACCGACGGCGCAGCAAUGUUUGGACAUGCCUUUCUUCAGUGGCAUGGAACCGAUCCCGCACAGCGUGACUCCGUCGAAGAAGCCCGAAGCGGAA